CGCAAUGACUCGAGGAUACCCUCACUAUUGACUCUAGCUUUCAGGGGCUUACCCCUUCAGUUCGCUUGAUAGAUGCAUUUCGGGCCUAACCAACACUAGUUGCCCAUAGAGGCUAGAUUAUAACUCUGAAGGAAAUUCGGAGCACAUGUGUACAUGCAUUCAAUCCCAGAGAAGCUCUCGUGGGAAAUGAUACUCUUUCCAAACCCUUUGUAACCCAAAACCGCCUCCUAUAUCACUAAGCCUGUCUUGUCGACAUUCAGCCAUUUCAGACGUCAAAGAUCAGUCAGUCUCAUAUGUUAAAGACGCUGUAACAUCACCUUCGGAGUACAAUAUUCAUCUUUCACUGUUUUAUCUACGAGUAAUCUCACGCCGACAUGGAUAACCUUCCUGGUGAUGUCUUGCGGUGGUUUGGUGAGGAGCAUGACCUUGAUCUUGCCCUCGAAAAGGAUCCCACCAACUACGUCAACUCACCAAUGAAGAUGCCACACCAAAAACUGAAGAGACCCUGCAUCAGAAGGACAUUGUCUUUGACUUCUGCCACCCUUAUUCGACAACCAUCGUUUGCUGCUUCGCACAAGAACCACCGACAUUCCAGCCAGUCUCCCGUCACGUCGUCCUUCUUAACCAACCUUCUUACUCGAGAAUCUAAAUCUCGUCCGCUAUCGAGCCAAGCGCAAGGCGAUCAUAGUCUCCAAUCAUCCUUUUGCAGCAUUGAUCCGGGUGCUCAGCAUUACCAGGAUCCAGAAGCGCGCCUCAAACUACGACUCUACCUAGCAUCCCCGCAUAAUUUCGACGAAGCCAUCGAGUUCGGCUUUCCGGCCCCAGCGGAUGAGGACACGACAUCAGGGCUGCCCGGUGUACCAAAGCAGAGCCCAAAGCCCCAGAGUAGUAGGCGAAAGAUAUACCCAGCUGUGGCUAAGAAUGCAGACCUUUUCACAGAGGCCAAUGUUACUAUAUCAGACGCCGUACAGCCGCCCCGGCUCUUGGAGCAUCCCAUCUCAGACAAGCAUAUCUCACCGAGUAAAACGCAACAAUCUUGUUCAGGCGAUAAGGGCAUUGGCAAGCGGCUUGAUCCAAACAAUCGCGAAAUGACACUGAAGAUGACGUUGACACGACCAGAUCUUCGAACAAGCUCCUGGGAGGCCGUUUCACCGGUUACUCCGGUGUCUACCGAGUCAUCUUCAGCAGAAGGAGACCCACAAACUCGCAAUGCUGAUGAGAAUAUACGACACAAAAUGAAAAAUGUGUGGUGCAAGCUUAGGGUAUGGAAAUAGGGCUGGAUUUGCAGAUGAAAUGUAUGUUAUGAAUGAGUAUGUCAUAUCGUUACCUUUUUAAUGGCUCAUCUAUUGUAGUCUUCUUUUACUGUGCUUUAUGAUAUGUCAUGUUCUAUCCAGUUUGCUUGGUGAGCUACUGCUGCCUCCUUUCGAGAGGACCAUUGGCAUUGGAGUAUGGCUAUCCUCUCAUUUAUAUAGAUUCAAGGCUGCUGUGGCCCUUCCCUGGGUUACAAUGAUGCAAGGUACUGCUCGCCUAUACCAACAAGCAUAGUAUAAGAUACUAUUACUGUUGUGCCUCGCCGCCAAUCGCUUCUCCACAUUGGUUCAAGUAUUUCGUAUCUAUGCUCGUUAUGCUCGUUAAUGUACGAGCUUAGCCUCCUUGUACCAGUAAUCCCACAUCCCCGCUUGUACGAGAUGCGCGCGAUCUAACUUGCACCCUAACUAGUAUUGGUGACAGGCCAGUAACAACCUAAAUUAUACGCCAAGACAGUGG